AUGUUAGUUCAUUGUGUAAACUUUUCUUUAACAUUUAAAAUUUUAUUAUUUGGAAUUCAUAAAUGGAGUUCUCAUCUAUGUGUUCAUAUAUUACAUACCCCAUACGGGAUUUCAUCUCAACCGUUUACAACCGCGAGGUUCUCUCUCUCUCUCUCUCUCAUGGUUGUUGUUUAUAUUUUUGUUUUUCACCCCGUUACAGGAUUAGGGUUUCGUCGUCACGACUGUAACUGUAUUUCAUGUAUGAUUUUUGUUUUUGUUUUACACUCAUUUACAGGGUUAGGUUUCAUAGUCGCGAUUGUAACUGUAUUCGAGUAUGAUUUUUGUUUUUGUUUUUCACCCCUUUACAGGGUUAGGGUUUCGUCGUCGUGA